AUGGCAAAGAGUUUAGCCAUAGCAUCCCUCCAAAUUCUGAGCCUGCUUUUACUAGCAAGCUUGGGACAAUCAAAGAAAGUGUUCACAAAUUUGACGGUUUACGACCAUGAAUUUCGAAGUGGAGAUGGCCAGAGCGUUUUCCCAGUUGCAGGUCUUCCCAACGCAACCUGGGGCUUUAACCAAUUUGGAACUGUUUUUGUCGUUGAUAAUACCUUGACCCAAAGCGAUUCGUUCAAAUCCGCACUAGUUGGUCGUUCGCAAGGCAUUGCUGCAGUAGCAUCCCUUGAUAACACCAACGUAGAGCUUGUGAUAACUUUUCUGUUCACUAAUGGAAAGUACAGUGGUAGCACUGUGGAAAUGAAAGGAAUUUUCAUACAGUCUAUGGGUGUCAAUGAACUUGCAAUUUUAGGGGGAACCAAACAAUUCCGGUAUGCAACAGGGUAUGCUACCUUUGAGGUGGUCAGCCAAGUAGGAGAUCAUCUUAUUCUAAAGGUGAAUCUCUACAUUAGACAGGACAUACCUGAUGACUACCCUGGUAUUGCUAUUCAUUAA